CCCUCUGCAGGUGUGGUGCUCAUGAGUACUGCUGUGUCUCUAAUGCCAGGAGGGUGAGAGUCUGGCCAAGAUCUUUGUGGUGUUGGACCUGGAGGUGUUCCCUAGAGAGAAGAUGGCUUCCCCCUUCAAGCUCAUUGCACACACACACCAUUCUCCCCAGAGGCACCUGCAGGACUGCAUGGGCAGUGGGGACCCAGGGCUGCUAAGCCAACAUGCCUGCUUUUGCUUUGCUGUCACCAGGCCAUUCCAGGAGGCGGAGGGUGUGGAUUAGCGCUGUGUCUGGGCCAUGUGCCCUGGGGGUGCUGCCUGCCCAGCCCUGCUCCUGGCAUUGCACUGACCACCCUUCCUGGCCAUACUCAGGAAGGCAGCUGAUGCACAGGCUCUGGAAAGCAGGAACCCAACAAGCCACUGCUCUUGCUCUGGCUUUGCUGAGACUCCCAUGGUCUACUGGAUCUGAUGGGAGGAACUAGGCUCUGCGGAGGAGGGGCCUAGACAGACUGUGACCCCAUAAGGGAUGGUAUUUGUGCUGCUCCUUAUGGGGUGGGGGAAGAAUGCACAAUGAACAGGCAGCAGGCGGGAACGUUGCGAGUAGAACUAGGUGUAGGCAGGAAAGGGUUCGGUGAGACACCACGGAGCGGAAGCAAACCCGGCCCAGGCCUGUCACGAAUCGCGAAGUCUAACAUCCGGCUUCCGGCGUAAUACUGUAAGCGGUCCGGUCCCGCACCACUUCCCUCCUCUUUUAGCACAUUCUGGCCCACCAGGACAGCCAGAAGGGAGCGAGCCGGAGCGGAUAGAGAGAGGUAGCGGGGCAAGAUGGAGUCUUCUGCGCGGUGGAAUCACGUGUGGGUUGGAUCCGAGACUGGCAUCCUGAAAGGGGUGAACCUGCGGCGGAGACAGGCCACCAACUAUGUGGCGGCCUCGGCACUGCGCCGGGAUGAGGGCGUCUGCGCCAUGUGCUGGGGGGACCCCUCCGAGUCCGAGAUCCUCGUCGGCUGCCUGGAUCGGUCGGUGAAGCUGUUCAGCACCGAGAAGGGAAAGUUCACAGAGUCGCGGCAAUGUCUGGGCGGGGAGGGCUCGUUCUGCGGCCUGGCCGUGCACGACAGUUCCAUCAUCACCUGUGUGGAGUCUGGUCUCCUCAAGGUCUGGCGGGAUGCCUCAUCUGAAAACAUGGAAACCCAGGUGGGGGCUGGCGUGUGCCGUAUGCGCCAGAACCCUGCCCAGCCGCAGUCUGUGGGGACAGGUGGGAAGGAGAACGCUCUGAAGGUCUGGGACUUGCACCGGCCUGAGGAACCCAUCUUCCGUGCCAAAAAUGUGCGGAAUGACUGGCUCAAUCUCCGAGUCCCUGUGUGGGAGCGUGACCUGCAGUUCCUACCUGGCUCUGAGAAGAUUGUCACCUGCACUGGGCACCACCAGGUGCGGCUGUACGACCCCAGCUCCCCACAGCGGCGCCCUGUGCUGGAGGCAACCUAUGGGGAAUACCCCCUCACAGCCCUCUCCCUGACCCCUGGUGCUGACUCUGUGGUGGUAGGCAGCUCGCACGGGGACAUGGCUGUCAUUGACCUGCGGCAAGGACGGCUGGUGAAAUGCCUGAAGGGCUUUGCUGGGAGUGUGCGCAGCGUCCAGUGUCACCCCACCCUCCCACUCGUGGCUUCCUGUGGCCUUGACCGCUUCCUGCGGGUACAUAAUAUCGAGGACAAGCACCUGGUACACAAGGUGUAUCUGAAGUCCCGGUUGAACUGCCUGCUGCUGACCAGCCGUGAGAAGUGGGAGGAUGAAGAACCUGAAUCUGCAGCCCCCCAAGCAGACGUGAAGGAGGAAAAAGAUGAGCUGUGGGAUGGCAUGGAGACGGUGGCUACCAAAACAGUGCUCAAGCGCAGGGCGGACCCCAAUGUCCGGGAGACCCAGCUAGGCAAGCGUCCCAAGAAGCAGAAGAGAACGAGCGCUGGGCCUUGAGGGGGCCAGUGGGGAGCCUAUGCCCCAGCCAGAAAGGAUAAUGAACUCGCUCCCCACCCCGGCCAUAGGGACUCCUGUCUGGACAAGGGGAGGGGAAGCCUCAUGUCUCUGCUGGCCAGAGGCACCAGCCUCUCCCCUGCUGCUGAAAGGGACUGGGGUGGAGCGGGGGUGGAAAUGUGCCAGCCCUAGCUGGGGUUGGCAGGGCCCUAACCUCUCAGAGAAUGCUGCCCCUGCUUGGACAAGGUGGGUUGAGCUGGGGGCAGUCACAGCCCACUGUGGGGCUGGAGGGCAGAGCUGGGUCCAUUAAGGCCCAUUCCAUUGGCCAGCAAGUGGAGCAGAUAUUUUGGGUAAGAGAUUUGGAUCUACCGCCUGGACACCCAAGCUGUAAUGGCCAUCACACAGCAGUGUAAAAAGAACCUAUAACCGUG